AUGGAGAAGAUGUCGCGGGUCACCACGGCCCUGGGCAGCAGCGCCAUCAGCGGGCGCACCAUGUUCUGCCACUUGGACGCGCCCGCCAAUGCCAUCAGUGUGUGCCGCGAUGCCACGCAGGUGGUGGUGGCCGGCCGCAAUAUCUUCAAGAUCUACGGCUUGGAGGAGGAGCAGUUUGUGGAGAAGCUCAACCUGCGUGUGGGCCGCAAGCCCUCGCUCAACUUCAGCUGCGCCGACGUCAUGUGGCACCAGAUGGAGGAGAACCUGCUGGCCACGGCAGCCACCAAUGGGGCGGUGGUCACCUGGAACCUGGGCAAGCCGUCGCGCAACAAGCAGGACCAGCUGUUCACCGAGCACAAGCGCACAGUCAACAAGGUGUGCUUCCACCCCACCGAAGUCUACAUGCUGCUUAGUGGCUCCCAGGACGGCUACAUGAAGUGCUUCGACCUGCGCAAGAAAGAGUCUGUCAGCACUUUCUCAGGUAUGUGUGUGGGUAGUUGUUGCACUCUUUGAGGUUGAACACAGGAGUAACACCUUAAAAAUACCUACCUGCUGAUGUCCAGGAAUUCCUCUGGGCUACAAAACAAACAGCACCUUAUUAGUUACCACUGUCUGAAAUGACAUUUUUCAGACAGUGGCUUAAACAGCACAUAUGACAUGGUAAUGAACCUGGCCUGAGGACAUUAUUUGAAAAUUUUCUAUGUUAUUUCUCUCAGGUCAGUCAGAGAGCGUAAGAGAUGUUCAGUUCAGCAUGAAGGAUUACUUUACUUUCGCUGCUUCCUUUGAGAACGGUAACGUCCAGCUGUGGGACAUACGGAGGCCAGACCGGUAUGAGAGGAUGUUCACAGCCCACACCGGACCUGUGUUUUGCUGUGACUGGCACCCCGAUGACAGGUAGGGAGCGGCUUUAGAGAAACUUUAGUGAAAGGCAUGUCGAUACAUGUUGAAAAAACAUUGAUAUUUGCAUUGGUUGACCAUUCAUCUAAAGUGAAUUUGCUUUAGAUACAGUCAUUGUUCUUGCUUACAGUGUGGCUGUAUUGUACAUUGCUAAUGUAUUGGCCUCUGUCUGCAGGGGCUGGCUGGCCACUGGUGGCCGGGACAAGAUGGUGAAGGUGUGGGACAUGACCACCAACCGGGCCAAGGAGAUCUACUGCGUCCAGACUAUCGCCUCGGUGGCCCGGGGUCAAGUGGCGUCCUGAGAGGAAGUGGCACCUGGCCACCUGCUCCAUGAUGGUGGACCACAACAUCUACGUGUGGGACGUCCGGAGGCCCUUCAUCCCCUUUGCCACCUUCGAGGAGCACAAGGACGUGACCACGGGCAUCGUGUGGCGCCACCAGCACGACCCCUACUUCCUGUUGUCAGGUUCCAAGGACAGCACGCUCUACCAGCACAUGUUCAAGGACGCCAGCCGGCCCGUAGACCGGGCCAACCCUGAGGGGCUGUGCUUCGGCCUGUUUGGCGACCUGGCCUUUGCCGCCAAGGAGAGCCUCAUCAGUGGCGACGCCAACAGGAAGCCGUACCCGGGUGGCGACCGCCGCUACCCCAUCUUCUUCUUCAAGAAGCCCGACCUGACGGAGCAGUUUGCCCACGUGUCCAGCGCCCUCAGCGUGUUCGAGUCAUCUCUGGAGAGCAGGCGCAUGGACUGGUUUGUCAAGACGGCGCGCCUCUACCUCCUCAGCGGCAAACCCUUCGCCGAGCUGUGUGACCACAAUGCCAAGGUGGCCAAGGAGCUCAACAGACCUCAGGUCAGUCAGUCUGCCCCUUGGAGAUGAGCUGCAUUCAUUUACAUAUAUAUAAUUCAACAUUGUUGGGGAACUAAGUAGAGUUUUGAUGAUCAAUAACAAACCUAUUUCAUAUUUCCCCCACUUGAAGGUUUCCACUACAUGGACGAUGCUUCGGAUCAUGUUCUCAGACCCAGCGAACCUCUCAACGCCUGGUCCAAAUCACAUUGGCAAACUGGGCACCCUUCCUUUAAUGAACAGGUACUUCCCACAGGCUUCACAAAAGCUGUAUGAUUGUGUGGACAAACUAUAGACUAAAGUAAUAUAUUUCUUCCUUUUUUGUCUGCCCUAGUUUCAGUAUGAAGGAGAUGGGGACGGAGAGCAGGCUGGACCGCAGUAAAGGAGAGAGCAGACAGGACAACAUUCACCUAGAGCCUGGGAACUCGCUAAUCAACAGCAACAACGACGGUGAGAGUAAACUCUAAAAACACUCAAGCUGCUCCCACUUCACUGAAGAAAUGAAUAAACAUAAACACUGAGUGUACUAAACAUUAGGAACACCUUCCUAAUAUUGAGUUGCACCCCCUUUUGCCCUCAGAACAGCCUCAAUUUGUCUACAAGGUGUUGAAAGCGUUCCACAAGGAUGUUGGUCCAUGGUGACUCCAAUGCUUCCCACAGUUUUGUCAAGUUGGCUGGAUGUCCUUUGGGUGGUGGACCAUUCUUGAUACACACAGGAAACUGUUGAGCGUGAAAAACCCAGCAGCGUUGCAGUUCUUCACACACGCAAACUGGUGUGCCUGGCAGCUAAUACCAUACCCCGUUCAAAGGCACUUAAAUAUUUUGUCUUGCCCAUUCACCCUCUGAAUGGCACACGUACACAAUCCAUGUCUCAAUUGUCUCAAGGCUUAAAAAUCCUUUGUUAACCUGUCACCUCCCCUUCAUCUACACUGAUUGAAGUGGAAUUAACAAGUGACAUCAAUAAGGGAUCAUAGCGUUUACCUGGAUUCACCUGGUCAGUCUAUCAUGGAAAGAGCAGGUGUUCCUAAUGUUUUGUACACUCAGUGUAGGUUCUUGUGAACUACAUUUAGUAGUAUGUGACUUACUAUAUAGACAUUUGUCCCACUGUAGAGAAUGAAGAGACAGAGGGAAGUGAGGGCCAGGCGGAGUACAUGUUUGGUGACGCUGAGCUGGACGACGAUGACCUCUACUCUAUGGAGCACGACAACCAGGCCGGUGAGUGUCUGACCCCUAAAUAGAUCCUAUACAUUCAACAGUGACGACUUGAACGUAGCCAAUAGCCACCACUAACCUUACAUGUCGAAUGCCAUAAAAAUGUAGGUUUCAGCCAUGAUUGAGGGCUGGUCUAUGAUCUACCCCUAGUACUUUCUGAGCAUGUUCUUCUCUCUGGUGUUUUCAGCAGAGGAGCAGGAGUACACGCUCCCCCAGGAGGCUUUCCCACUGCGCCACGAGAUCAUGGACAACCCUUCGGCGCCGGAGCACCUGCAGCAGGACAAGGCCGACUCGCCGCAUGCCAGCGGCAACGAGGCGGAGGUCACGUGCUUGACGCCCAUCGAGUCCUUCUCCCUGAUCUCAAUCUCCCAGCCACUGUUCAGCCCCCACCUUCCCGCCCACUUCUUCUGCCCCGUGGUCAGGGAGAUGCUGAGCCAUUACGCCGAGCAGGGCGACGUGCAGAUGGCUGUCUCGGUGCUCAUCGUCCUGGGCGACCGCAUCCGCAAGGAGAUCGACGACCUCACUCAGGUCAGAGCCAGGGAGAUAACAGUUGUCAUAGUGUUUUAUUACACUAUAAUAAUGUUGAGAAAUCUAUGGUCGGUUCCUGAAGUAGAAUCCAGAUUCUAUGAUUCUGCGUUGCAUGAAAUUAAUUGGGAUGCUCUUGAGAAUUCUAUUUAAAUGAUAUAACAUGGCUGAUUUGGUUUACAAAUAACUGGUUGAUAGAAAAAAUAAUGAUGGAGAUUAAGAGUCUUGGUAAUCUGAAUAUCCUCCAAGCUGGCAAAAAUGUUGUUCAUUUCGGCAUGUUCUAAUAAUAGCGGUGACCCUAUUUCAGGAGCACUGGUACAUGUCCUACAUUGACUUGCUGCAGCGUUUCGAACUGUGGAACGUGUCCAACGAGGUCAUCAAGCUGAGCACGUGCAGCGCCAUCACCUGUCUGAACCAGACGUCCACCACUCUGCACGUCAACUGCAGCAACUGCAAACGGCCCAUGAGCAACAGGGGCUGGAUCUGUGACAGGUAUAACUUAAAACCAUAACAUAUAACUUUGACCCACCUAACACAGUAAAGGGAAAGGUUACUAACCUAUGAGAAACAAAAUAGAGCUCAAAGUCAAGAGAACAUUUGGAAGUUAGACCAAUAUGUCUUACCACUCAACCUCUUUGCAAAUUCCCCAGGUGCCACCAGUGUGCCAGCGUUUGUGCCGUGUGCCACCACGUGGUGAAGGGGCUUUUCGUGUGGUGCCAGGGCUGCAGUCACGGCGGGCACCUGGAGCACGUGAUGAACUGGCUAAAGAGCAGUUCCCACUGCCCGGCCGGCUGCGGACACCUGUGUGAGUACACCUGA